CAAUUCGGUUUUCCCCACUAAAACAUUCUCAAUUUAGCAAGCGUAAUUAUAGAUUGUAAUUAUGAACAGUUUCAAGUGCUUUCGUUGUAGGUUUUUGCAUGUGCAACUAAAUAGUGUGAAAAAUCUAUUGGACGUAAAACUUGCCAUUUUGAAAAAGGUACAACACAUUCAAUGGCAUACUAAUUUAUUAUAAAACGUGUAUGAUCGUAUAUUCCAUAGUUUUUCUGCGCAAACAAAUCGAUAAAUUUCUUCCAUUUAUUAACAACAGAACAAACUAAAUUAAGGGCCACACCCAGCAAAGGGGUUGGCUUUAAUGCAUAUAUAGUCAGUUUGUUAAGGAAAAGCAGUCCCCGUGCUGCUUUUUCAGUUAAAUACUAAAAUGGGAAAUAAAUUGAUUACUUUUACGGACCAGCAGUUGGUGAAUUAUCAGGACUGCACGUUUUUUACCAGGAAGGAUAUUUUAAGGGUGUACAAGAAGUUUCGAGACAUUAAGCCCGAUUUGAUUCCAAGGGUCAUAAAAGGAAACGAGGCAUAUUCUAUAAAGAUUCCUGUGGAAUAUAUUGAGGAACUUGCAGAAUUUAAGGAGAAUCCGUUCAAGAGGAGAAUACUUGAAGUGUUUUCCAGAGACGCAAAAGGCAACUUAACAUUUGAAGACUUUUUGGAUAUGUUAUCGGUGUUCAGUGAGGGAGCUCCGCGUGAUAUAAAAGUGUUUUAUGCCUUUAGGAUAUAUGAUUUUGACAACGAUGAUUUUAUAGGACCAGAAGACAUUGAUGUGGCCCUAACGUUAUUAACAAAACAAGAAUUAACAGCUGAGGAAAAACAACAGAUUACCGAGAAAGUCAUGGAGGAAUCUGAUGUGGAUGGAGAUGGAAAACUAUCCUACAUUGAGUUUGAACAUUGCAUCACUAGAGCACCAGAGUUUUUGUCUACCUUCCAUAUAAGGAUUUAAGUUUGUAACAUUGAAAUAAAAUACGUAAGGUAACA